AUGGCGAUAAAUGCAAAGUGGGCUGGGUUCGAUGCAGGGAAGGACCGCGCGUGGGCGCAGCUCCCGGGGAUCAAGGAGAUCAGGCGUAAAGCCAGGAGGCAGCAAGAAGAGGCACCCUUCCUGUGCCAAGACCCGGGGCGAGGCGGAGCUCCAGACGAACGAAGAAGCCGGCCGCCCCCAAGAACACGCGGAGAUGCGGCGGCUGCCGGGCUGAGGGUGCCAGGGGCUGCGCGGGUGCUGAGAGCGCCCUCCCACCACUCGCCUCGCCUCGCUGGCAGGGAUCCGGAGCACCCGAUUGUGAUAGACGACGAAAUCAAGGGAUGUGAGGUCAGGGAUAAUCAAUCAGCAAUCACACCACUGCGCAGAUCCCCACGGUUCCAUCCAGCUGGUAAGAGUUUGGGCAAACAACUGCUGCCUCAGAGGCACCUUGUUACUCAUAACAGAAAGACUCCAAAUGCUUCAGGGAAAGAUAAUAAUAUAACGAACCUUAGGAGUAGCCAGAGAAAUGCUGCAGCAAAGGCUUUGCCAAGGAUGAAAAGCGACAAGGCGCCACAGUCACUGUGUUCGAAUUCCCCGGAUAUUCCUAUCAGGAAAAAGAUUGCAGAUCUAUCUUGCAAAAAGAAAGAGAAGAAAGAGCUAAACGCCGACCCUUGUGAGGUGCUUACUAGAAAGAGGAAGAGAGGCACUGAAGGCAGAUCCUCACCAAAGAGACCAAAUUACCAGGACCUCCAAUCACUGCCUCCAGAUAGCCAAGAAAUUGCAACUAGCAAUGAAACCAGAAAAGUUAGCCACCAAAAAGGUAAAAAUAAAAAGGAUUCAGCUUUGGUGGUGCAGCCCAAAAUUGGGGAUGAUAGACUGAUGAACACCGAGGAAAAUAAUGAAGAGCCAUCUGGGACUGAAAGAGAAAGAAAACAAGAUUUUCAUGGUUCAGAUGAUUGGACAGAAGAGCAGGAUGUCGCAUUGCGCAAGGCAUACUUCAGUGCCCGACCUUCCCCGCAUUUCUGGAAGACAGUUUCCAAACUGGUGCCAGGGAGAUCUGCUGAAGAGUGCUUCAAUAGAAUCCAUGCUAACCUCUCAACACCUACUCCUAUUGCCCGUCGUUCUAGGAUAUGCAAAGAAAAGUUUUCUCCUCUAGCAAAUUUUUCAUUAUCCGAUCCUGAACUUCCAAAUCUCUUGGAACCUGCAGUUGGGAGGCAAAGUACUUCUAAACAAAAGAGCCUAGCAGCACAGAAGACAGUGAGACACUUGCUUCAAAAGCAGUGCCUCAUUGACCAUGCUCAUGAGGCUGAUCACUUCUCGAUAUUUGAAUCCUCACCAAGUGCCUUACAAUUGAACAUUUCUUUUGAGGAUUCUCCCGGGACUCCUCACAGUAGUGUGAACUCAGGUUCUACGCCCAGGUUCAGCGCAAGUUCUUUAGGGCAAAAGAAACCAUUUUCACGGUUGAAAACUAAGCCAGAUGAACCAAGCCCAGGAGUUUUGAAGCCUGUGAAGAAUGUUAUCUUGCAUGAGAAGUACAUUGACCAGUUGUCUCGCAGGCAAGGCACAAAAAGGCCUCGUAGAAAGACUCCAGGUUCUAAAGCUGCUGAUUCUGUGAAGGCUCAUUCUGAGCAGAAAGCUGGUGAUCUGAAAGCUGCCAAAAACGCUCUCAUCUCGGAAGCAACUGACUUUAUAGGCCAUUUUAAGAAGCUGCAAGCUAAUUCCCUUGCGCAUGUCAUCGAAAAUAGUGAAGAUGAUGAGAUUGAUGGUUCUGAAGGUGACUCAUGCCAGUGACCAUUGCCAUGAUGAUAACACAAAAAUGGAGCCUGACUAUACCAAAGCUGCCGCGCUUCACGAAUAUGUUUUACCGUGAGUAUACCAACCUGCAAGGGGGAAGGAAGGGGGGUGGUUAGCAGUUUGUCAACUAACCAUAGUCACUAGUGCAUGACUGACAAUAACGCUAGGCAGUUUCCAGUACAAUGUCUGUAUUCGAUUUUGUU